AUGUAUUGCCAAGGCUCUGAAACAGGUGUAAAGGAAUGGGUAGCAAGUGUCCAGAGGCUGCGUUAUAAGGAUUUCCAGUUGGUAAAGAAGCCUGCUGGAAAGGAGGUUGAAGGGAAAGAGGCGGAAGACAACAUCGCGUACGGAAAAUUAGAAGAAGUCGAUAGCGUGAAAGAUUUCGGGGUUAGUAUGCAGAAGAUGGGUGUCUGGAGCUGGUGGAGGAAGGGUAUGGGCUACGUCGUAUCGACGAAGCAUCCCUCAAAAACCAUCACGCGUCUCCAGGCCAUCUACAUCAUGACCACACCAUCAAGUGCUGUCAGCCCUGGCGAUAGCCUACAGGAUACAUCAGAUGUUCAGUCCACCCUUGCAGCUACGAACGACGACUCUAUUUUCGGUAGUGGUUACAAUGGAGAGUCACUCGAGUUCGAUGAUGAGCCACUUGACCUCCAGAACAAGAGAAAAAUUACCGAUCCUGACCUCGAGAUCGUUACGAUCGACAGGCAGUACGAUCUGACCCUGAUCGUAGGGUCUCCGGAGCACGUUGGUGGUCAAAAAGCCUAUCAAGUCAACAAAGGCGUCUUUCGACAUGCUAGCAAGGCCUGGGACGCCAUGAUGAGCGGCAAUUGGGCUGAGAGCGACAUGUCCGAGAUCGCCUUUCCUGAAGACUCAUCCUACGCCUUCCAUAUCGUCCUCCGAAUUGCUCACUGGCAUUUCCAAGAGCUACCUGCAACGCUAUCGCAGCAGGAGCUGGUACAGAUCGCUGUCUUAUCGGACAAAUACGACCUCGAGCGUCUCCUUCAUGCUGCAGCCGAGUUGAAGAACUGGAUCCAACAACACAAAGACGGUGGUGUAUCUUGGCCUUCCGACAUCGAUCUUCAAGACUUUACGAUGAUUACGGCCGCGUUCGGGCUCACGGCUGACUACGAAUAUCUGAUCAAUAAGCUGGCCAUGGAGAUCUCAGUCGAUAAAGACCAGCGUUACUGCGUGGUACACGAUGAUAAGUUGGUGCAUGUCCGAGCUGACUUCCCCGCCCGUAUCCAAGCUCAAGCCGGUCAAAUCCGUACCGUCGUACUUCAAGAGCUCCUGCAGACGUGCAAAACCGCCUUGCACAAUACUUUUACCAAGGAUGUUGGCAAGUGUGGAUCAAAACUUUGCCCAUUGACCCAAUUUGGCUUGACGACUAAAGUCUUGGACGCAGCAGAACUUCAUCCACUUCCAGAUGAUGUGUCUUCGAUGCAAUCCAGUGUCUUGGCCUACUGGACCUACUUGAAUAACACCGGAAUCGACUAUGACGGUCUCCUGCCAGCCCGAUGCCGGGUCGCGAAACUCAAUUGCGUGGGAGACUACGGCAUCUUGAAGGAAGCUCGCGAAACCAUUAAGCGCUACGCCCACCCGGAUCUCUGGGCGAGAUGGAAGGCUGUACGUAUGCAUUCUUUGAGUAACUAA